AUGCGAACGACAACACAAGUGAGGUUGCAAUCCAGCGACGAUGUGGUGAAUGUGAAGAUCUCAAAGAUCAAACCUGUCAUCUCUCCGACGAUUCUAGUAGAAGAGCUGUCGAGCGACCUAGCAUACUCUACUGUCAAGACAGCACGGAAGUGUAUCGGAGACAUUCUCAGUGGGAAUGAUGACCGCCUCCUGGUCGUGGUUGGGCCGUGUUCGAUUCAUGAUCCGAGUUCAGCCCUUGACUAUGCAAACCGACUCGUGAAACUUGCAGAGAAGUUGAGCAACGACCUCCUCGUUGUUAUGCGUGUCUACUUUGAAAAGCCAAGAACUACCGUCGGAUGGAAGGGAUUAAUCAAUGAUCCUGAUCUUGAUGGUUCGCACAACAUCAACAAAGGCAUUCGUCUCGCAAGGCGUAUUCUCCUCGACAUCAAUAAGCUGGGGAUGCCGUGUGGUUGUGAAUUUCUAGAUACCAUCUCUCCUCAAUACUUGGCCGAUCUGGUCUCCUGGGGCGCAAUCGGAGCCAGAACAACCGAGAGUCAGGUGCAUCGGGAACUUGCUUCCGGUCUCUCUAUGCCUGUUGGCUUCAAGAAUGGCACGUCUGGAGAUGUUCAGAUUGCCUCGGAUGCGAUCAAGGCAUCGCUAUUCCCGCAUUGCUUCCUUUCUGUCACAUCGCAGGGUACAGUGGCGAUCGUGACCACGAAGGGCAACGAUGAUUGUCAUCUGAUCCUGAGAGGCGGCGGAUCUGGUCCGAACUACGACAAGAAGUCUGUAGCUGAUGCCGUCAGCAUCUUGGAGAAGUCGAAGCUGGAGCCCAGGAACCGCAAAGUUGUCGUUGAUUGCAGCCAUGGGAACAGUAGAAAGCAGCACAAAAAUCAACCACUGGUGGCAAAGGACAUCGCCGAGCAGAUAUCGGAGGGAGGAAGAAGCAUUUUUGGUGUCAUGAUUGAAUCCAACAUCGAGGAAGGCAAUCAGCCGGAGCCCUCAAAGAACGGGGGGAUGCCUCUCAAGUAUGGAGUUUCCAUCACAGAUGCAUGUAUCGAUUGGCCCACUACUGAAGAGGUGUUGGAGUCACUUGCUACAGCCAUUCGGCACCGUAGAUCGCUCUAG